UAGGAUGGGGUAGUUUUUGACACGUACUAACCACUGACAAUAAUCUACACGGAUGAAAUCGAUCAAACUUUUUGGCACCGUUGUCGGGGAAACAUGGCAACUAGUAGAAAACCAUUGAGUUGUUUGUUUAGUCUUUAUUUUGUUUUGUUUUGUCUUGUGUUUUUGUUUGUGUUGUCGUUUGAGUUUUUGUUACUUUCGUAGUUUGUUUCAUUUUGUGUUUUGUUAUCCAACUUUGUGCAUCACGGGUUGUGGAAGUUUUUGUGUGUGAAUAGAUUGUUCCUAAUGGACCAAACCGAGUAGGAACGUAUUGUGAAGGAAGCUAUUGGUACACUUUGCAAGCAACCGCAAUUCCAAAGAGGGAGUGACGAGAGUGCUCUUGAUCAUAUGUCCUACUUCUUAAAGGCUGCCAAAGUUGUGAAGAUACUGGGGGUUCACUCAAGAUCAGAUAAAUGGUAUAUUCUUCACUUUAACUUUUUGAGGGGAUCCCGCAGUAUGGUAUAUGGAGUUUCAAGCUACAGGCCCUCUUUGGAGUCAAGUCAUGGAGGCGUUCGUGUAUUGGUAUCUUGCUGGUACAAUAGUUGUCAUACAGAAGAAGGAUAUUGCCACCUUUCAACAAGGAUCCCAAGAGAACUUCUGGCAGGCUUGGGAACGAUUUGGGGUGUUGAUACGACGGACUCUGAAUCAUGGAUACUCUGAUGAUCGGCUCAAUGAGAUUUUCCACAAUGGACUCCAAGAGAACUUCAGGGAGAUGAUCGAGAGAAGAUACCCAAUCGAGUUUCGAUAUGUUGAUCUCGAGCAAGCGAAGGAGUUAUGCAAUCAUAUAGAACAGGUGGAAGCCCUCUUGGAUAGAGAAUUAGCCAUUCAGAGCCAGAUAAGAGAAUUUGGCAAGGAACUUAAGAAACUAACAUGAAAGGUCGAGACGGAUCAGCCCUGGGUAGAACAAGUCUUUGCACUUAGCGCAAGGCUGCUUCCCUAGUCUAGCAAUUCUCCUCCACCUACAGAACAAUAUCAAGACUACACCAUUAACGAACCUUGCAUGUCUUGCCGUGAGUUGAAGCAUAGGUUCGAGCGGUUGGAGGAAAGGGUAUCUUAUUGGGUCUCGAUUUGUCAUCAGCGGAUGAACGAUUUCGAUCUGUUUGUCCAUGCUUCUAUAGCCCAAAUGGACUCCUUGAAAGCAUAAUCCAAAGCACUAGUGAGCACCCUCAAGAUCAUGUCAACUUCAGUUAGAAUCCUGAAAGAGAUAAUUAGAGAAGGACAACAAAGAUCUGAAGGGCAACAAGCUCAACCGAUCAGGAGCGAGCUGACAAUUCAAACAGAAACCGUAACUACCAACUCUAAUGCAAAGUUUGACCAAAGGAAGAAAGAGUAGGUGGCCAGAUACGUUUCUUUGGCUAUCCCAACAUUUCAAGAAGUCCCAGAACCCUCAAAUUAUGUCAAUCUCAUAGAGUACUUGGUAGCCACUAAGUGAGAAUUGGAAGAGCAUCCAAUCGUCGACAUUGGGCAAGCAUUCCCGAUAUUCAUUAAUCAUGAUAUACCAAUUGAGAGAGGUGAUCCAUGUUUAUUCACUAUUCCUUGCUCAAUUAAGGGGCUACCAUCAAAGAUAUUUUUGUCGACCUUUUCUCGGAUCUCAACGUCAUGAGCCUCGAAUUGUAUAAUAAGUUGGGAUUAAUGGAUUUGAAGCCGACGGACAUGGCUAUAAAGCUAGAUAAUAAUUCAAUUGCCUACCCAAAGGGGUCAUGGAAGAUAUUUUGGUUAGAGUUGGAUCAUUCGUUUAUUUAGUGGAUUUUGUAGUAGUAGAUGCGGGACCUCAAGCUCCGACUCAUAUUCUACUUGGUAAGACUUUCUUGGCUACCACAGGAGCUGUAAUUGAGGUCCCAAAAAGGCAAGUGAUCAUGGAGUAUGGAGAACAUAAGCUGAUAAUACACCUCUCCAGCAAUAAACAAGGAGCUACACCUUCAUUCGCUCCCUACGCCGGAUCAAGUUCCACAAAUACUCAAGCUUUUCCAACUGGGUUGAAACCGGAUCCCUCGUUGGUACAACCUUCCCAAGUGAGCAAGAUAGCAUCUCUAGAGGAGUAAGUGGCGACUGGUCAAAUCCUUAGGAGAAUUUUUAAGGAAGCCACCCAACCUCCACCCUUUAACCGCGAGGUCAAAAUGAAUUUACCUUCAGAGUCAUCGAUCGAGGGGAAUACAGAUAGAUUUCAUGGGUUGCACUUGGGCCUUCACUGAAAGAGUGAGAUCAAUAACACCAACCAGGGUGAGGGGGAUCCUUCCACCUGAUGACCUCUAGUGUCCCCAGAGUCCGGCGAAAAGACUUCAAAGACGCACUUGUUGGGAGGUAUCCCAACACUUCGAUUUGCUUUUCUUCUACCUCAGACAAAGUUGGGUCUGCUGCACUACCAGAUAUACUUGUUUUGACCAUAAAAUGAGCAUCUGAUGUCCGAAGUACAUAACUAUUUGAGCCCAUGAGCUUGAAAUCUCGUACGCCUUCUGAUCCAUAGGGUCCCUUGAUGACAUAUACAUAUUAGUCUUGAGUGCAUUAUAUCCUUGAAAAGCUCAAAACAACACCAAAAGGUAUCAAAUAGUACAAAAACAAACUCAAGAUCUAUCAUAAGCUCAUUAUCCAAAUAAUUAUGAAUUCCAUAAAAAUAUAAUAAAACCCAUUAAAGAAU